UAUCUUCUAAGGCUAUUAAGAAGCCUUAUCACCUACAAUUUCUAUCGUGGAUUUACAACGAACACGUUAGACCUAUCACAGCCACAACACCUGGCCCGACAUGUCUCUUGGCAAGGGCAUUCAGUCCGCCAUCUUCUACUACAUUUCGUGCGCACCCUGUACAAAAUGCGGCCACCGUCGCAAAAGAAAGCAAGAAGCCAAUCGUGUGCGCGAGGAGCGACGCAUCAUGGAAAUGGAGGAGCCGGAGCUCUUCCGACAACCAUCCCCCUUUUCGACUAAUCCGCACUGGCAGGAGGAUAUGACUCUUGGGCCCGGUCCGCCGCCGCAACGUCGCCCCAAGGGAGCCUCUCGGAAUGGCAGCCAGCGGGCACUUACUGCAGGAGACAGCAUGGCGAGCAGUGCAGGACUGAGUUCACGCCCCGGCGACAGCUUGCAAGAUAUACAAUUGGGCGUGGAACAGCGCCUCAGCGGGGAGAAUUGGAAUCGGAGACGAUACCAGCGAGAAGACGAAGACCUAUGGGGGUCGGACGUCAAUAAAACGAUCGAUGAAGAUGCUGUAAGCGCAACGCAAACGGCAUCAUCGGUCGGCCUCUCCACCCUCAGCCGGUCAGGAACUAGCUCUCCUGUGCAUGCCUACACCGCACGAAACCCGCCUCUCAAUGAUUAUCAUCCUCCUGUCGUCAGUUCACCGCCGACGAAUAGAAAUGAGAUGAAAUGGAUGCUCCAGCCCCCGCCGAAUGCGCGAAUUAUGAAUGGCAAGGAACGCGCGACAACCCGUAGUCGCAGUGGCAGCGGCGCUAGUAGUCAGCGAGUCCGAGACACCAGUCUCAGCCGACAGGUCGGGGAAAAGAUUCUUGAAGAAAAGGUGCGACGUGGGGAGAAGCCGGAGUCGCUCGCCCUUGCAGCGUCAAGGGAAACACUGCACACGACCGACAGUCGGUCGUUAGCCGGGUCAGAACGAUCGAGUCUACGCCAAUCAUCGCGCAGGAAACCUAAACCGCCGCAGAUUUCAAUUGACGGAGACGUGCAUUCGCCUUUGCCCAUUCCACUGCGUAUCCAAGUACCCUCUGUGGACGAGCAGCAAGACCGCUUAACUCCCUCGACAGCGGCGGCGAGUCCAGCAGCGUCAAUGCUCUCAUCGAUCCUCCCGACCACCAGUCCUGGCAGUAUUCGGCGAGUCGGCACUCCGAGAAACGAUGACAGUGACAGUCCCAUUAAGAACACCAAGCUCUCAAAUGAGCACGAAGUGCCAUUGCCACCUCCUCCUCCACGCGCCGUGAUCAAUGACGGCUAUGGCCCACGCUCCAUGUCACCCCAGACGAAAACACCGCCACGCUUGAACCCUUCGCCUCUCCCCCGACAAGAUUCGCGGAACAGCAAUAGUUCGUUGAAUGCCCUGCAGGAGCUCGUGGCGCCUAGCUCAACGCUGAAUCGGCGCUCCGCCUCCCCACUCCCAGAGUCAUUAAUCCGACUGCCUCCUGCAACUGACCGGGAAGAGGUUGAUCUUCUGGAAAGAUGGCUCGAUACGCGGCUACCCAAGGAUGAGCGCGGGCGGACAACUGUCAUGGCCCGGUGGAGUCUGGAUGUUUAAACUUGGAUACUUGUGUCUGUGUGUCAUGAUGACCGUACCCGUCUUGAGGCCUGAUCGAUACCAGGCCAUGCAAUAGUCACGUCGAGUUUCAUUCUCAUAUUCUCACAUUCUCUUGACAUUCUCACUUAUAAAAUUCUCAUUCACGCCAACAAUAGUUUAC